CACCAAAGGUUUGGGGUGCCUAAUUACAACACUGAAAGGCGAGGGACCAAUUUAAGCCGCCCAGCCCCAACGAGCGCCAGAGAACAAAGUCGGCUGAGGAUUGCUCGCGGCCCGAAGCAGUUAUCGGUCCUUUUUUUUGUUACGGUUGCGGUUUGACUGUUUUCAUGUGGUAGGCGCGAAGUUCAUCGUGGCGUGUGCGGCUUGCGCCGUCCACGGCCGCAUAAAAUUGCACUGCAGCAUAAAAUACAUAAGGCGAUGGCUUCAUCUGCACCAUGGGUCUUAGCCACGCGCUUCCAUACAUUAAAUUUACGCUUUCCCGCAGCACAGCAUGUGAGAAGGACUAGCAUUUGGAGCAUAAAAUUUCUCAGGCUGUGGCGCCAGCCAUAGGGAUAUGUACGCCCGAGCUGUAGCGAGGUUAGUGCAUAAUUUCUCACAUAAGGUUUUUAGCCUCCACAGGGCAACAGGAAUAUGCACGUUUGAGACAACCUUACGCAUCACUUCCGGAUGUGGCUUUAGCCGCAAGACUGUGCAGGCUACACAGUGCGAUGUCUCCGCUAGGCGGCGGCGGCAUGCUUCCGAGGAGGAGAAAUGGUUUGUUCGUUGGUCGAGCUCUAGUAGCAAUAUGCAGUGAGUUCUAUCGGAGACACUGAACUGAUUUUUGCACCCUUGUGCAAUCUCUGCUAUGUAAAAAAAAAUUCGAGAAUGAUUUCAACGAAAAAGGGAGAAUAUGUUUAUCGUUCUCAAUAUGU